AUGGCAGCCCACAAGGUUUCCUUCAGAGUCAUGGCGAUUGCGGCCCUCAUCUUCGGGAUCGCACUCCCCGCUGUCCAGGCGCAGAGCCAGGCCCCAGCUCCAGCCCCCACUAGUGACGGUUAGUUGACCCUCCUCCUCUCCCUUCAUCUUCCUCCUCUCUCUGGAAUGUGCCUCACUCCGAGGGAGACAGUGGUCUCCCUGCAACUUCCUCCACCCCUCCUGCUUCUUCCCGGCAAUGUGGGCUGUUUCUCCGACGACCCAGAUGGCGAAAACCCCAGUUCUCUUCUGGGCUAACUUCAGAUCUGCCUCAUAGCACCCUCAUUUCAAAGUCCCCUCUACGCUGUUUCUGAGGUUAUUUGCCUCAUUCUGGAAAUCAUAUUCUGACGAAUGGUUCUCUCACAGGAACGUCGAUCGACCAGGGAAUCGCCUACGUGCUGAUGCUGGUGGCGCUGGUCCUCACUUACCUCAUCCACCCCCUCGACGCCUCCCCCUACAAGCUCUUCUGA